AUGAAGUUGUUUAGAAAUGAGAAACUGCAUGAUGAAGCAACCAAGGGAUUUCAGGAAAUCCAAAGUGGUAUUAGCCACAGCAAAGAUGCCUCCCUGGAAAUCAAUGUUGAGGAAAUCGGUGAAGGAGCAGAGGAUUGUGUAUUGCGCCAGCUUUUUGUGACUGUCAGUGCAAAAUUAUGUUUUGCGGUCAAACAGCAUUUGUCUCAACUUAGAAGCUCCAGCAUUGGUGCAAAACAUAGAGGAGGAAGCUCUUCAGUUGGUGAGAUUGUUGAUGAUGCAGCAUUAUUCAAGGAUAUCCCGGAUUCAUUUGUAGAUAUAUCUCCCAACUCUUAUCCCCUUAUUAUAACUUUUCAUAAGCUUCUGAUGAUGCUAGAUGGAACAGUUGGGGCUUCAUUCUUUGAAAGGUUUCCUGAUCUAAGGGAGUUUUGUCAUGGCCAAACCUACAAUUCCAGACCAGUUGCCUUACAAAGUCUUGUAAGAGCAAAGGAGGUUACUUACGAAAAGUUUUGUGCAGUUUAUUGGCCUCACUUCAAUGACAAGACAAGAAGGAGGCUUGAUCCUUCCAGAGUCUUCACUGAAAUAAUGUCCCACAUAAAGGGCGGUCUUCCACCAGCAGAUGGUUGUGAAGGCAAACUUGACAGACCAGCUUAUGUUUCUCUUUCAGAGGGUCGUGUCUCCACUCUGAGUAUUCAGAGAAGAGAAGAAAUUUAUGAUGCUUUUGAGGAUUACGAAAAGAUGAAAAUGAAAAAUGUGCAGGAUCUCACCAUGAGGCAAAUUUCACUGUUCAAGUAUAUAUGUAGAAAUGUUGAUGAGGGCUUUGUGUUUUCUGGCGACACCGCGCAAACUAUUGCAAGGGGAGUAGACUUCAGUUUUCAAGAUGUAAGGUCCCUUUUCUACAAAGAGUUCUUGAUAGAUUCAAUGGAUGGACCUGAUAUCAGAAUGGAAAAGGGUUGUCUUUCCAAAACUUUCCAUUUGAGCCAGAACUUCCGCACUCAUGCUGGUAUACUCAAACUGGCGCAGAGCGUUGUUGAUCUUCUUUACCAUUUUUUCCCUUUUUGCGUUGAUGCUUUGGACCCCGAAACUAGCUUCAUAAGUGGCGAAGCCCCAAUUUUACUUGAUUCGGAGAAUGAAGAAAGUGCCAUACUAUCAAUUUUUGGCAACCAUGAUGUUAGUGGCAAUUUCGUUGGCUUUGGAGCAGAGCAGGUUAUUUUGGUUCGAGAUGAUCACUCUAGAGAUGAAGUUUCAAACCUUGUGAGAGGGCAAGCCCUAGUUCUGACGAUAGUGGAAUGCAAGGGGUUGGAAUUUCAGGCUUAUGUCGACAUCAUUCUCCAGCUUAAUGGACAAUAUCAAAGAUCUUGCAACUUCACGAUUGAUCUUGAUUGGCUGGACGUCUUAUUGCACAACUUCUUUGGCACAUCACCUCUGAAAAAUCAAUGGAGGGUCAUUUAUGGAUACAUGAAGGAGCAAGCUUUGCUCAAUAACAGCUCUCAAUGGUCUUCCCCAAGUUUCGAUGACGUGAAGCACGAUAUAUUACGCUCUGAAUUGAAGCAAUUGUACGUCGCAAUUACUCGGACAAGACAGAGAUUGUGGAUAUGUGAGAAUGCCCUGGACUUCUCCAAACCAAUGUUCGACUACUGGAAGAAGAAGUGCCUCAUUCAAGUUAGGUUGGUAGAUCAUGCCUGUGCAGAAGCAAUGCAGGUCAGGAGCACGCCGGAGGAGGGAAGUCGCAAGGUUUUAAGGUCAAUGGCAGUGCCUUUCCUUGGUUCAAGGCUACACCACUGA